UUUUUGAAUAGUCAAGUUAACGUCAUACUAAAAUUUUAUAUAAUGAAUUUGAAUGAAGAAUAAGUAAUUAAAAUGUAUAUUUAUGAAGGUUGUGGCGGUAUUAAAUAGAGGGGUACGAAACUGUAAGAAGACUGUUUGCUGUGUAACGUUAUGGAUGAUAUAAAUAAUUAAUAAUCGGAAUGGUCACAACAAUAAUUAAGUCAUGGACGAUAAGCGUACUAAUAGGUGAAAUAAUGAAGCCAAGAAAGCGUUUCUUUUCUCUCAGUUGUUAUUGUGGCUGCCCCACUUGGUUUAAACAGCAAACUUUAUAGAAGCCUUUUUCUCUCUUCUUCAUACAUAAUUUCAGUCGUCGCGAACCGUUCACCGGGUUCGGACAACUCGAUUAAUAUUUUUUAAAUCAGACAUUCCGGUGCUCAAUAAAUUAUCUAACACGUGACGCGUUUUCUUCUAGAAAUUCUGUAAUAAUUUUUAAAAAUAUUUUACAUUCAAAAAUUUACUGAUUGGAAAAUAUCAGAAGUGAUUUUUUUUUAAAUUUAAUAUUUGAUUUUAAUAUUAUGAGUUAUGAGUAAAAUAUUAGUACUAGUAAUUAAAGAAGAGGGAAAGAGUAAAAUUAAUUUUCUAUAAAGCAGAAUAAGGAUUUAUCAAGCCAAUAUUACAAACUUUGAUUGACAUAUUUCAUUAACUUUUAAACUUUAUAAUGGAGUUUGUAAAUGGUGCAAUGAAAGUAUUUAUAAAAUCGGUUGUAGUAAUAGUAUCUUGUGCAGUGCUACCGUUUUUAAAAUUAGCAGCUUUUAGAAAAAUAAAUCGAUGCCCGGCUAUUUCAAAUAAACUAUUAUUGAUACCUGCUAAUCAAUUAGCGAAAAAGAUUCGUAGAAAAGAGAUAACGAGUGAAGAAAUAGUAAGAGCGUAUAUAGAACGAUGCCGAGAAGUUAAUCCGGUAUUAAAUGCAAUAGUGGAAAAUCGCUUCGAAGCUGCGAUAAAGGAAGCACGUGAAGUCGAUCAGUUUGUGCAAUCCGGUGCUAAGUCUGAGGAAUUACUUGCUCAAGAUACCCCGCUUCUUGGUAUACCCAUCACUGUUAAAGAAAGUAUUGCUGUUAAAGGAAUGAGCCAUGCUGCUGGACGGAAAACAAAGGAGCCGAUAAUAGCGGCAAAGGACGCGGAUUCGGUGCAACGUGUGAAAAAAGCCGGUGGUAUAAUUAUCCUCGUUAGUAAUACCCCGGAGAUGUGCAUGUGCUGGGAGACUUAUAACAACGUGACCGGCACAACAGUGAACCCAUAUGACACACGUAGAACACCUGGUGGUUCUUCUGGUGGGGAGGCAGCACUUUUGGGCUCAGCAGCGUCAUUGCUGAGUGUAUCUUCAGAUAUUGGAGGUUCUGCACGACUUCCAGCGAUGUUUUGUGGAGUCUUUGGUCACAAACCGACUCCUGGAUGGGUUUCAACUGAUGGGCAUAUGCCGGACUCAACUGACCCAAUGUGGCCUUCAUUUCUGACCGUUGCUCCGAUGGUCAGAUACUCUGAAGACCUUUUGUUUUAUCUGAAAGUAAUGAUCCAGUCAGACAUAUCCCAAUCUCAGCUUAAUGAAGAGGUUCACAUAAAUAAUAUUAAAUUUUACUACUUUGAAGAAAUACCAUCUUUUCUUACUCACAAAAUAGACUCGGAAAUAAUAACUGGGAUUCAUAAGUUCAUUCAACACUUGGAGAGUUCUCAAGGAAUUAAAGCCCAAAAGGCAGUCAUUCCGCAUCUUAAGUACGCUUUUGAAACAUCAUCAACAAUGCUCCUUAAUUUGGAUGGCGUAGACACUAUUUUUGAUGACGAAACAAAGGCCGACUUGAAAUGGAAGCGCGUUCUUGGAGAAAUAUUCAAGUAUUCUACCUGCAGAUCUUCCCAUUCUGUGAGCAGUAUUCUUUAUGGUCUUCUAAAAAAAAUAACCGACUCAUUUCCAAAAAAUCAUUACAAUUGGCUGAAUGAAAAAAAUGAGUCUAUUAAAAAACAAUUUCAGGAAAUUCUUGGUGAUAAUGGUGUAAUAAUAUGUCCAACUUUUAUUGACGGAUCACAUUACCCAUAUGAAAUCUACCCGAGAGUAUGUGAUGUUACUUACAUGAUGAUUUUCAAUGCAAUCGGACUUCCAGUAACUCAAUGCCCUAUGGGGUUUAAUAAAAAUGGCCUUCCUAUUGGAUUUCAGGUGGUUGGAAAUGUGGGACAAGAUCGUUUAACAAUUGCAGUUGCUCGUGAAGUCGAGCGGGCGUUCGGCGGCUGGCAACCACCACCAAGUCUUGAAAAAGAAGUUUGAUAAUUUUUUAAUGACCAAGUAAAUACUAAUUACGAUAAAAUAAAUUUUAUUUAAAUUAUUCCCAUAGUACACUUACGGCAUUAAGUUUCUUAGCAGAUUUAAAAAAUAAAAGAUUUGAACUUCUAAUUAAUAACUUAAUUUAUAAAUUUUUAAAUUAUAAUUAUUUAUGGAAACUUAUUGUCGUGUGUAUUUUUAUGGGGCAAAGUGGUAUUUUCUACCUCUAUUAUUGAUAAUUUAUAAUAAAUAAAUCUGUGAUGUGUGCGAUUAAAGUGUACUGACUCUUUAUGUCGCGCGAUUAAAAUUUUUACAAUCAAACUUUACAUUUAAAAAAAAAAAUGAUUAAUAUUAACGAAGCCAUACACUAAAAUAAUUUUAUAAUAUUAAUUAAAUAAAUGAAUAAGCUUGUUAUUUAUCAUUAGUAGUUUUUAAGUAUAAGUAUAAAUAUAUUUAUCUACUAAAAUUAAUUUAUAACCACCGAAUUUCGUCACGUUCAAAUAAUUAUUACAAAUAAUCUUUAAUCUUGUUACUUAUUUCAUUCCUCACAAUAAAUUACUUGUAAUCUUUGUUAAGC